AUGUCAGCUCAGUCCAACCUUGAUUGCUCUUGUCAGUGCCACCCUUCUGCAACUUCCAGCACCUUGGCUGGGGCUGAGUCGACUCAGCCAGCAACCUCUCCCACUUCCCCUUUGUCCUCCUCCACUCCUUCUGGUUCCAAUGCCACCACAUCUGCCGGUUCUUUGCCUUGCCAAACCUCUACCCGGCCAACUCGAAUCUCUGCAACUCACAGACAUCAAGCCAGUACUCAUGGCAGCAGGUUCAACAAAACAGAUCGUAUUGCCUACUUCAAUUGGUCGCCUAGUGACAUAAAUAACCUCAUUGAUAUCAUCUACAAUAAUGAUCAUUACCAACGUGUUCUAUUGCCAGGAUGUUUGACUGCAGAACAGGAAAAGGGUCUGAAGACAAACAAAGAUGUUAUCUGUGGGCAGAUAUGGCAGGAGCUGUUCCCAGACAAGUCUACUGUUGGUGGUGCUGGUCGAGUAAAGACUAAGAUUCACUGGCUCACUGAACAAUACAACAACAUCAAGAAGACCAUCUCGCAGCAGACCGGUGCUGGAGUACUUCUUCAAGACAUGGAUCACAACAGCUUGACUGGUCCAGUUGUUCUUCUCACUGGUCACCCAUAUGAUGCCACCCCUGCCUCCUCUCAGAAUAACUCAGUUGAUGCCAAUGUGAACAUGGAUGAUGCCAGUGAUGCUCACUACCCUCAGCAAUGCAACAUUCCUGGCAUGGAAUCCAUUCUUGAGGAGUCGCAAAAUGACCCCAUUGGAGCAAGAGUUAUCUCAUCUUUUUCUUCUUCGGUUGCAGCCACCCCAGCUGCUGCUUCAUCUUCAUCCCACUUGCCCUUCUCUUCCUCAUCCAACCUGUCUUCGAUUGGCCCCACCCCCUUCACCAUUACCCCUAUAGACACUCCAACCCACCAGCACUCAUCCAGCACUGCUUUUGAGGCUGAUGAAGUGGACGAUGGUGAUGGUGACUCUGUUUACCAUUCUCCAGCCACAGGUACAACACCCAAGAAGUCUCGACCCUUCACUUCCAAGAGCAAGCGAGAAGAGCUGUCGGAAAUUGUGUGGGCCUGCACCCAAGACAUGCUUCAGGCACAAAUCAAGGUUGAGGAGGAAUGCACAAAGAGGGAGGAAAUGUGCAUUCAAUUUGCCAGGGAAGAAAGUGAGAGACAAGAGUGCAUGCGAACUGAAGAGCAUGGUUGGCUCAUGGAGAUGGUGCAGAUGAUGAACCCUAAUCUACCCUUUGGCAACAUCGCUGGAAGUAGUCAAAGCAAUCUUGAUCUUGACCCACUGGUUCUUGCCAUGGAUCAGCAGGACAAUAGUGAUUCAGCUUUCUUCUGUGUAAUCUCUCAAAUGUAG